AUGACAAUUCUAUCAGUUGAAAAUGCCCCCAUGCUACUGGCGGGCUUGUUUGCCGCCUACUUCUUGAUGCCAUAUCUGUCAAGAUGGCGUUUACACGAUAUCCCUGCUCCCGGCCUCGCUGCUUGGACAAAUUUCUGGCUCUUGCUACAGGCCCGUCUCGGAAGACGAUACCUCUCUGUCGACAAUGCUCACAAGAAAUACGGCAAGCUGGUUCGAAUUGCACCCCGUCACGUCUCUAUCGCCGAUGAUGCCGCCAUUCCUAUCGUCUACGCACACGGAAAUGGCUUCCUGAAAGCUGACUUCUACGACGCCUUUGUCUCUAUCCGCCGUGGUCUCUUCAACACUCGUGACCGUGACGAGCACACUCGCAAGCGUAAGACUGUCUCACACACCUUCAGUGCCAAGUCAAUUGGUCAAUUCGAGCAGUACAUCCAUGGCAACGUCGAGACGUUCGUCAAAAAGUGGAAUCAGAUGUCCGAUACUGAGGCCAACCCCAAAACCGGCUACGUCACCCUGGACGCUCUGAACUGGUUCAAUUAUCUUGCCUUCGAUAUCAUCGGCGACCUGGCCUUCGGUGCUCCCUUCGGUAUGCUGGAGAAGGGCGAGGACAUUGCAGAGAUGCGAAAGAGCCCCAACGACCCUCCCAAGUACGUCGCCGCCGUCGAGGUCCUGAACCGCCGUGGCGAGGUCUCUGCCACUCUCGGCUGCAUGCCCGCUUUGAUCCCCAUCGCCAAGUAUAUACCCGACAAGUUCUUCUCAGAGGGCAUCCAAGCCGUUGAGAACCUCGCUGGUAUCGCUAUUGCCCGUGUCAACGAGCGUCUCAAGCCUGAAGUCGCCGCCAACAACACCCGUGCCGAUCUGCUCGCCCGUCUGAUGGAGGGCAAGGAUGAAACGGGAAACACUCUUGGACGCGCCGAACUUACCGCUGAGGCUCUGACCCAGCUCAUUGCCGGCUCCGACACCACCUCCAACACCGCCUGUGCCAUCCUCUACUGGGCCCAACGCACCCCCGGCGUUGUUCCCAAGCUCCAAAAGGCCCUAGACGAGGUCAUCCCCAAGGACAUCGACGUUCCCACCCACUCAAUGGUCAAGGAAAUCCCUUACCUGCAGUGGGUCAUUUGGGAGACGAUGCGUAUCCACAGCACCUCCGCAAUGGGUCUGCCCCGCGAGAUCCCGGCUGGCUCUCCACCCGUCACCAUCUCCGGCCACACCUUCGGCCCCGGCGACGUCCUCUCAGUCCCCAGCUAUACCAUACACCGUUCGAAGGAGAUCUGGGGACCAGACGCGGAGGAGUUCGUCCCUGAACGCUGGGACCCGGCCCGUCUAACCCCCCGCCAGAAGGCUGCCUUCAUCCCGUUCAGCCAUGGCCCGCGCGCCUGCGUCGGCCGCAACGUCGCCGAGAUGGAAUUGCUCGUAAUGGGCGCAACAGUGUUCCGGCUCUUCGAGUUCCAGAUCGAGCAGUCGCACCCUAUGGAGACACGCGAGGGAUUCCUCCGCAAGCCGCUCGGUUUGGAAGUUGGUAUGCGUCGCCGCGAGCACAAUUAG